ACAAGUAAUUAUCAACUCAUUGCAGAAGCGGUCAACGCUUUUUAUGAGUUUGGUAAAACUAUUUGGAAGAGUUUAGAAAAACAAAAUGCAGGAUAAUAAUGAUAGGAGAAGAGGAGUAAGAUGCAAUAAUAUAUUUAUAAGCCUAAAUACUUACAAUGGCUAUGAAAAUGCAACUGAUGAAGAACAGCAAAUACUUCCACCAAGACCUAAUGAACCGAAUAUAGAUGAUAGAGAAAAAAUGCUUGCGGUUAAAUUUGAUAAACCAAUUAACAAGAAUACAACAAAAUCAUGUAAAGAUGCUCUAAACGAAUUCGCAAGUAGUAAUUGUUGUUAUGGAAAAGGAGUUUCAACAAAUAUGAUAAUUAACAACAUAUCAAAUGAAUUUGCAUAUCAUUAUAUACUUGAAACUUGCACUGAAUGGAGAAGUGUAAAAUGGACUUUUGAACCAUUCAUCGGCGGCUAUAUAGACGGGCCUAAUAAUGGGGAGCCGCCUCUACCCUGGAGUAUAUCUUGCACACCGAGCGCUUUAUUUAUGAAUGAGACAAAGGAAAUUCCAGUUCCUCAUACAGAACAGGUCUUUCAGUGUCAUAACUGCAAAGCUCGAGGUUUUGUAGUAUGUUCAAGAUGUAAAGGUGUCAAAAGGGUUAGAUGUUCGAAAUGUAGUGGAUCGGGUUGGGUUAAAAAGUUUGACGCUAAGCAAAAGAGACACGACAAAACGUCUUGCGGUGGCUGCUCUGGUUCUGGUAAAAGUCGGUGCGGUAAAUGUUCCGGUUCCGGAGAAUUGAUCUGUCUAGUUUGCCGAGGUAGGAAGCAGCUAAAAUGGUUUAUUUUGUUAACAGUUUCUUUCUUAAACAAUGCAUCAGACUACGUUCAUAGAAUCAACAGUAUUCCGAUUGAGUUGGUUAAAGGAGCCAAUGGAAAAGAGAUUUUCAAGUACUCUUCCAAUAUGGCAUGGCCUAUAAGUCAUUCAACCAUAAAAGAAAUUAACGUUCUUUCAUCACAAUUAAUCGACAAACAUCGACAAACUUAUAAAAGUCAGAAAAUAUUAUUCGAGAAACAAACAAUCAAAGCAGUGCCAGUAUCAGAGAUUGAUUAUAGAUUUAAAGGAGAGAGUAAAAGAUUCUGGGUUUAUGGAACACAAGGCGAAGUUCACUGCCCUGAUUAUCCACAACAGCAUUGUUGCGGUUGCACUAUUCUUUAGAAAGAAUUCAAUUUGCUUUGUCUUUUUUUUAAGUGUAUAUUUUUGCUAUUUAGCUAUUAACUAUUAUCAUAAUUUAAACAUUUUAUAUAAGUUCAUACAGUAUAUACUCCAUUCCUGGUUUACAGUAUUAGAAAAUAAACUGAAAGAUCUCUUCUUUCCUUAGAUAAACAACUAUUCAUAAUACUUAAGAAAAAUGUUUUCUCAUAUUGCUUGCUAAGUUUCACAGGUUAACCUCUGUAAUAAUAAUAAUAAGAAGGGAAAAAGGCAUAAAAUUCAUUCUUACUCCUUUUUUAUUUAUAUAGUCUUUUAUGACUAGAAAGUAAGCCUUAUUCUCCUACCAGCCUACGAACAUUAAAAUUGUUUUUUAACGCCUAAAGAAAAUACUCUCAUCUGCCAAUAAUAAUCCAAUAAUCAUUAGUUAAAAUACAUAGAAA